GCUGAUGACGAUGCUAACAUUUAUAGGUGUAGGAGGGAUGUGGCUGAGCUAACUUAAAAGGUGUGUUUGACAGGUUAAUUAAAAAAGCUCCAGUGUCUGCUGUCACUUAUAGUUCAGACAGUUCGCAGACCAUGAACGUGACCAGGUGUGAACAGGUGUCUCCACUCGGCACGGCAGUAAAGCUUUGUUUCAUUGCGGACACAGUUAGCCUCUGUGGAGGCAUCUUCUGACAAGGUAGCAAAUCUCGACAGAACACCGCGUCUGACGGGAGCGUGACUAGCGGCUAUUCCCGUUAAAGAAAAGCGAACAUUCAGACAUUUUAUCCAGGAGAGAAUGAAUCACACGAUGGAUUCAUCCAGACAGCAGUCAUUUUUCCUGAGAAGUACCACAGCAGUGUCUCUCCAUGAGCGCUUCUCUCAGGUUCUGACAGACCAGCUGACCCAGUCCAUGACGGUGACCCUUGACCCCAUCAUGCUGCAGCAGAUGGGGGGUGGUGGUCCGCAGGUUCUCCUGCUGCUGAAGAGCGGGCAGCCCACACCGCUCCACCUGCAGGCGGGUGUUUCAUCGGUGACUCGGAGGAGCGUCUGGACGCGACUCGGCUGGCAGCCAGUGACUCGGCGUCUCUCGAUCCGCAGACCUAGAGGGUUCUGGAGCUUCAGGAACAAAUACAGAUGGAGAGCCAGGUUCACCUCCAGGAGUGGAGAGGACCUGCGCAGUCGACUCGGGCAGCGUCGCCUCCAGAGGAAAAGAAACUUCCAGAAGCUGACGGCAGCUCCAACACAGCUCAGCAUGUACCUGCACGGGGGCGGGGCCAAAAACCACAGAGGGCGGGGCUGGAACAGAGGCACCAUUCCAACCAGGAAGCAGCUGGACACCGAGCUGGACGAUUACAUGUCUCUGUCCAAGAGACGACUCGACCAAGAGCUGGACCGAUACAUGUCCAUGACCAAGAGCCGGCUGGACGCUCAGCUCGACGAGUACAUGGCCAUGGCGGGGGACACGGACCUCACCUGGGACUGAGGAGGCGGGGCCACGCUGGCCUCACCUGGUACUGAGGGGCGGGAACACAGAAACUUCUCACAGGACUCAGGGAGGGAGGACAGGUUUGGAUGUUUGAUAAUUUGAUUUAGCUGCUGAAGCUCGUUACCGGUUCAUGUAUAAAAACAGGUGUGACAGGUCAGUGAUGUCACAGGUGUGACAGGUCAGUGAUGUCACAGGUGUGACAGGUCAGUGAUGUCACAGGGGUCAGAGCGUGAUCGAUCUCAGGUCAUCAUUUCGUCCCUUUAAACUGAAACAGGAAGUUGUGUUUAUAGAAACUACAUGUUUCUGUAGUUUUUGGUUGUCAUCCCUUUAACUGCUCUGAGCCUCUGUGUGUACUUCACUGACCUCUGUGUGCGUCGGAAUUCUGUAAUUCUGAGUGUUUGUAAAAAAAAUAAUAAUAAUCUGUUUAAAUGAAACAUGUUUCUG